CAGCGUGUUUUCUAAAUGCUGUGCUUGUGUUGUCAAAUUGAUGAUUUGUGUUUUUUUAAGUUACAGCGCUGUGACCUCUCAGGGCCACUGUAGGCUACAUUUGCACUAAAUGUAGAAUAAUAACCAAUUUCUCCCUGUCUGACAGAGAUGUCUUGGUUGGCUGCUUUGUGUUUCCUGCUCCUGCAGACUGGAGCGUCGGGGUUUGAUACAAACCCAAUCGGCUCAUCGAAGCGAGACUCUCUGACUCAUGAGGAGAUCACACAGAGAGCGCUCCUGACCGCCACUGCACAGGCGUGCCGCUCUCUGGCUGAGGCUGAGGGCAGAGACUUCACUUUCCCUACUUUGAAUGUUGAGUCCGUUGCUUCUGCUUGUGAUGCAUCAAAAUCAUCCAAGAGCUUCCGAAGUGCCAUCCAAUCAGUCCAAAGAAGGAAUAGACGAGUAGAUACGAACCAUUUCGCCCAGCCAGAACUUCACUUUAACAAUGAAGAAUUUUCAGGCGGAAGGAAACUCAUCACAGAAGGAUUAUCAUCUGUGAAAGCCAGCAACAAGCUGGAAAACUUUGAGGCCGCGAGAGAAAAACUGGGACAAAUCUUACAUGCUUUACAGGACUUCUACAGUCACAGUAACUGGGUGGAAAUGGGAAACAAAGUUCCAAACUCCAACCUGAUCAGAUCUGACACCAGCAUCGGAAACAUUGCAGCUGAAAGCAGAGCAACCUGUCGCAGCUGUAACGGGGACGACUGCACCAACAACAUCUUGGAGGACAUCUUGUCUCAAAAGAUACUGACCUCGGGAUAUUUUAAUGUUUUGCCACUUGUCUCCUCCAAACCAGAAGGAAAAUGCAGCCAUGGAGGAGCAGUUGAUCAAACCAGCACCAUCGAGCCGACAGGAGGGAUCAACAAGGACACUUUUGAUGCCAGCCACGGACACCUGCACAUGGAGGCAGCUAACAUGGCGAUCGCUGCGACCAGUCAGCUGCUGGAGGACGUCCGAAAGGCUGCUGGAGACAAACAGUUCCUCCAGAUGAUGGGACUCUCCAGAGGUAAACCUCUCUGUUUCGUGAUCGACACAACAGGAAGCAUGUCCGACGACAUCGCAGCAGUGAGGACCACCACAGCCUCCAUCAUCGACAGAAAAGUGGGGACAGAGGAUGAGCCCUCUCUUUACAUUCUCGUCCCUUUCAAUGAUCCAGAUUUCGGGCCUCUGAUAAAGACUACAGACCCAGUCGCCUUCCAGAAUGCUAUUAAUGCACUAACAGCCAGCGGUGGAGGAGAUUUGCCAGAGAUGAGUCUCUCAGGACUUCAGCUGGCUCUGACCGGUGCUCCCCCUAACUCUGAGAUCUUCCUCUUCACGGACGCAACUGCUAAAGACAGUCACCUGAGAGGCGCCGUGAUCGCUCUCAUAGAGAGCACCAAGUCAGUGGUGACCUUCAUGAUUACUGGCAUCCUGGGAUCACGUCGUCGGAGACAGAGCGAUGGCACCGACAGCCAACAACAAAACCGCCUUUUGGUGAAAACAGACGCCCAGCUGUACAGAGACAUCGCUCAGGUUUCAGGAGGUCUGUCUAUUGAGGUCUCAAAGAGCCAGCUCCUCGAGGCCACCAGCAUCAUCACAGAGUCCUCCAGCUCCUCUCUGGUGAACCUCCUGCAAGCGGCCAGGAAUCCUGGAAAGGCCGAGAACUUCACCUUCACAGCUGACGAGUCAGUAAGAAACCUGACAGUUUACAUAACGGGGAGCGCUGUCACCUUCACUCUCAUCAGCCCCUCAGGUGUGUCUCAGGACAGCACCGUCACUACAGGACCGCUGGUCACUGUCUCCCAGUUGGUGGGAAACUUUAAGACUCUGCAGCUAAAAUCAGAAGCUGGACUCUGGGAAAUUAAAAUGGUGUCAACAAAUCCCUACAUCCUGAAGGUCGUAGGUGAGAGUCCCAUUGACUUCCUGUUUGACUUCUUGGAGGUGUCCCAGGGCCCUCUUGGAGGUUUUGACAUUUUGGACAAUCGACCCAGAGCAGGUGUUAAUGGGAGCCUGAUAGUCACAGUUACUGGGAGCGACUCGGCCACGCUGACGGACGUAAUUUUGGUUGAGUCUUCAGGGUCAGGAGAGGUUAACGGCAGCGUGGAGGCUCUGGGCGAAGGUCAAUUCUUUGUGCAGUUUGACAGCAUACCAGCAGAGGCGUUUGUGGUGCUCGUGAAGGGUCAAAACAACAACAGUUCCUCCAGAGUGUCAUCAUUGACUUUCCAACGGCAGUCAACCACCAGCGUCAAAGCUUCUACUGUGACUGUCAUUGCUCUUGAUUCAAAUACCAUCGUAGAGCCAGGAACGCCGCUGUCAGUUCCCUUCUCUGUGACCACGAGCGGUGCAGGAGGAACCUUUGCUAUCCAGGCCAUUAAUGACCAAGGUUUUACUUCCACUGCCCCGUCCAGUUUAACCCUGGACACAGGAGGCAGCGCCAACAACACGGUCAUCAUCACAGCGCCUUCCAACACACCGUCUGGAACCGACGUCACCCUGACCAUCCAGGCCGAGGCUCCGGGAGGAGACACCAACUACGUCGUGCAGCGUUUUACUGUCCUUAAAACGGUGACAGACUUCAGUGAGCCGGUGUGUACGCUGCUCAGCAGGUCUAACUGCUCUGCAGCCUGCAGCUCAGAGAUGUGGGAGCUCUCUGUCCGGGUGACUGACGGAACUAAUGGGACAGGUGUGGACCGUGUGAGUCUUGGACUGGGCAACGGCACAGUGAACACCAGCCUGAGCACUGAGAACUCAACGCUGGUGUCCUACACUGCGUCCUGCUGCUCUCCUGAUGUGGAGCUGCUGGUUGUGGAUCGGGUGGGUAACGUGGCCUCCUGUUCCUUCAGCGUCCGGGCUGCGACCACCACUGUAGUGUCUUUGUCCACCAGAGCUGUUCAGUCUUUCCUCCUUUGCUUUAGCAUCACAAUCUUAGGACACAGUUUAACAUUUUAAAUGUCGGUAUGAGGAAGAUUUACAUUUUAAAAUUAUUCUCUUGUUCGACUUAGCUGCCAGUUUAUUAGGUACACUGGCUAAAAUUGCCACACAAUAAAGUCUGUGAAUUACUUUGUUUUAUACCUCCAACAUAGAAAAGCCUAACAAUAUUUGAUAAAAGAGUAACUAACCCCUCCUAAAAUCAAUAUAUAUGGUUAUUUAGUUCUGCUGAUCGUGGGGUGUAUUCAGAUCCUUUACUCCAGUAAAGGUACUAAUACCACACUGAAAUUACUCCAUUACAAGUAAAAGUCCUGCAUUUAAACUUACUGAAGUAAAAGUACAAAAGUAUCAGCAUCACAAUGUACCUAAAGUAUCAAAAGUAAAAGUACUCGUAAUGCAGAAUGGCCAGAUUGUUUCUACUAAUCACUUUAAAUUCAUCAUGUUUACUAUGUUAAAUCUCAAACUGAACUAAAGCUGUCGGCUAAAUGUCGUGAACAAUAUUUGCCUUAAAAUAUAGUGGAGUAGAAGUAUAAAGUUACAUGGAAUGGAAAUACUCACGUAAAGCGUAUUUUCCUUGUCAAAUAUACAAUAACAUUUAAUUUAAAAUAAUUAAAUUUUUGCUAAGUUCUUAUAGCAUUUUCUCAUGGACAUCUUACGCUUUCGCUCAGAGGUGAGAAACGUUAAUAUGUAAUAUGGGUGACGAAUGAAUGUACAAAUACUUUUUUUUAAAUUAAUUUUAAGUGUUUCUUUAAUACUGCUGUAAAACUAACUAAAAGCUAUGUAAUAUUUAUUGCAUGGACUAUAUGUGCUGUAUGUAUUACAGGCUAUCUGGUGUCAUUUAAAACUUUCGUCAGUUUAAUCAUGAUACUUCAUUUAUCAAUAAUCUAAGGACGAUUUAUUCACAUUUUGAGUACUUAUGCUGAUAUUAAGUUGUGAAAUGGUAAUGCAUGAUUAUUUGAUCAUUUAAAAUUGUAAAGGGUUGUUUCUUCUUACACAGAUGAUUAA